GUGGCCAACAUCGGCCCCGCUGACUGCAACUAUGACGAGUCAGUCAGCACCCUCAGGUAUGCCAACAGGGCCAAGAACAUCAAGAACAAACCAAAGAUCAAUGAAGAUCCUAAAGAUGCACUGCUCAGGCAGUUUCAGAAGGAGAUUGAGGAUCUGAAGAGACAGCUAGAAGAAGGUGUUUCUGAUGAUGAUGCCAGUGAUGCUGAUUCUGACUCAGAGGAGGAAGUUGUUGACCACUGUGGACUCAAGCAACUGGUCAAGAAGAGAAGAGGGAGGAAGCACGUUUCCAAAGAAGCCAUGGCUGAGAUUGAAGCCAGAAUUGAGGAGGACAGGCGGCUGUUGGAGUCUGAGAAAGAUAUGGCAGAGGAAGAGAGAAACAAAGUGAGGUGUGAUUUGGAGAGGAAACAGUCAGAGCUCAGCAAGUACCAAGAUGAGCAAGAGCAGCUGAAGCAGAAGCUGUGUGUCAUUGAGAAGAAGAUCAUCGUGGGCGGGGAGAAUCUCUUGGAGAAAGCCGAGGAGCAGGAGAGGCUGCUGCAGGAGAGUGCCAGGGAAUUGGAGGCUCGUAAAGAGAAAGAGGAGGAGCUGAAGAAAGCUCUUGAAGAAAAAGAGCAAGAACGACUGGACAUUGAAGAGAAAUACUCCAGCUUGCAGGAGGAAGUUUCAGGAAAAACCAGGAAAUUGAAGAGAGUGUGGACCAUGCUGAUGCAGGCCAAGUCCGAGAUUGCAGAUUUACAGCAAGAACAUCAGCGAGAAAUGGAGGGAUUGCUGGAAAAUGUUCGACAGUUGAGUAGGGACCUCAAAUUACAGAUGGCUAUCAUCGACAGCUAUAUUCCUCCAAUGUUUCAGGCAAUGAUAGAAAACCAUGUUCACUGGAAUGAAGAUAUUGGCGAAUGGCAGUUGAAAUGUGUGGCUUAUACUGGCAACAACAUGCGCAAACAGAUGAUACAGUCCGAACAGGAGACCCUAGAGGAUGCUGAAGUUGAUCUGUCACAUGUGUACCUCUCCUACACCAGAACAGGAGAACUGGAACGUUUCAGACACAAGACAGGUAGGGGAAUCAAGGCUGGUCGUUCCAAGACAGCCAGUCGGCCUCGGAGUUCCAAGAAAAAACACAAGGAGCCAAGCAUAGAUGCCCUGCUUCAAUGA